UUUGUCGUUAGCGCUGUCGUCGGACCCGACGGCAACCUCCAAAGCCAGUCGCGAGAGCGGAACUUGUGAUCCAGAAACGUUGUGCGGAUUGGGGAAAGGCAGUAAGGGAUUGUUCUUAAAAAACAAUAGCGACCGCGAUUCGCUUCUUUUGAAUGUUUUAUAGAUGCAUAUUACUAAGAAAUGUUUACUCAUUUAUUUGAUCGAAUGUGAAGUUCUGUGUCGUCUUGUAAAAAUGUUAAAACUUGUUAGUUGUUCCGCGAGGUUCGCAAACGCGUUAUCUAGUCUAGAAACUAAAUCAUUUGAAACAGUGUGGUUGGUGAAAUAUGUGUUGGUAAUGUUUUUAAAGUUGCGAAGUUUCGAAUUUUUUGCGAGAACUCACACAGCAAGAAAAUACCUAGAAGGUAGUGCGUGGUUCCUAACCCGGAAGUAACAUAUUUUGAUAAAAUGCAUAUUGAGUGAUUCAAUAUCGAUUAAAAUUUGAGUAAACUGAAAGUGUUAAGCAGAUGUCAGUAGUAAAUCGACAAAUCAGUUAAAGUGAAGUGGUACGUAAAACGUUACACACGAGCUGCAAACAUCUAGAACUGCGAUUAGUGAUUUUACGAAGAAAUUUUUCGAUGCAAAUGAGUACUCUCAAACGCCGGUUGAAUUGGAGGCUUUAACACCACGAUUUACGAAGUGAAACGUGAGCUCUUAUAAGUUGUUAGCAAAAAUACUUGUUGUGCGGGUAGUUACGCUCAAAAUUGAGCAAGGAGCGAUUUUAAGAUGGAAUUAUUGGUGGAAAGGUGCAUAAGAGAACUGUGGCGAAGUGACGUACCUUCUGUGUUCCUACUUGGCUGGACUUCAAAUCAUCGUGACCUUGGUCUCCACUUCGUCGGUACCUAAUGCUGCCCUUCUUCCCGCCAGGUGGAUAGGGAAAAUCAGAAACGUCCGCUGGGAGCGCCAGUGGCUUCAAUCUUAUGGAAGUUGAUGGCCUUGAAGUCAGCUGGGGAGAACCGGCUAAGCUGAACGUGUGGUUGACAACCAGCCACGAAGCUUAGUAUACGCCGGAAUACGCUACGAAGUAUAAUCAUGCUGCGAUCACGCAAAUGUCUCCAAGUUAAAUCAAAAAUGUGUUCGCAUUUAACAGAUAUUGUGGUACCUCUUGUUUUAAUAGUGAGAAAGUUGUAAUGAUUCAUUUGCCAACAUUUUUUUCAAACACGGAAGAACGGGAUACAUAGUACUCCGUGCUUCAAGCAAAUCGUGUGAGACACAGCAACAGGUGCUGAUGACGUAACUUGCGUGUGAACGACGAGGAGUGACGAAUAGCCUAUGACGGCGGGAGAGCUAAAAGUCCGCACGGGACGGUGAUAAAAUUGUGAUAAGAUUGUAUUUUUGGGUGUCUGCCUGAGAUUCACAGGAGUCGUCAAAACGGAAGAGUAUAAAAUUAUGGGUCUCAGAAUGCCCUUGUAUGAAAAUUAAAAGGAAUGAUUCUCUACAUCUUUCGUAAUUGCAGAAGCCAACUUUUGCGCUUUGAUGCAGUGUUGAAAUCUUGCUUUUGUAUUCAACCCAUGCCUUACGGAAUUAAGUAGUAGUCGACCUUGUAAGCGCAUCAAAGACGAGCACAAGUGCCCACGGGAAAGCAGUUAAACAAUUUGACAUUUGAUUGGAACAAAGGAUGACAAUAGGACUCGUGCAACAGCGAGGUCUACUUACAGAUCACUGGUCGAAGGUUUAGUGAAGAACUGAGAACUAAUUAGUUUCUUCAUGAAUUACGUAGACCUAAUUUUAUUUUAGAAUGGAAAAUGCGUCAUUGUCUGCACCUGUUAACAGUCCAUCAGGAAUCUCAGGAAGCGCAAAUGUUUUAUCCGAGGUCACUACUUCCCUCCCUUCUUUUAACAAAAUGGAUGAAAAGGAUGCUCUUGUCAAGAAAAUUCAGAUCUGGAUUGUUACUCAACCACAACUUAAUGCAAGGACUGAUAUUGUGUACCUUCUGAGAUUUCUACGCGGAUGUAAAUAUGACGUGGAGAAAACAAAACGUAAGAUAGCAAACUUUUACACUAUUCGUGCCAAAGCUCCAGAAUGGUUCUUGGACCGUGAUCCUCUGUUACCCGCAAUCCAGGAAAUGCUUAAUAUGGGGGUGUUUCUUCCUCUCCAUAGCCGUGAUCAUGAAGGCCGGCUAGUAGUGGUAAUUCGAGCCGCAGUGCAUAACCCUAAUUUCCACCUCCAGAGUGAUGUCUUUAAGGUGGGGAAAAUGAUUCUUGACCUCGUGUUGGAGGAAGAUGAAAGUGUCCCUGUAAAAGGAGUAGUGGCAAUCAUUGAUCUUCAGGGAGUGUCUCUGGGCCAUGCACUCCAGCUCACUCCUGCUGUUAUCAAGAAAGCUGUGCAUACAUGGCAGGAUUGCUACCCUGUGAGCCCAAAACGACUGGACUUCAUCAAUGCUCCUAUGUAUGUCAAUGUAGUACUGAACGUCUUCAGAAAAUUUAUGAAGGAUAAAAUGAGAAAAAGAGUAUAUGUGCACCCUGGGCAUCUGAAUAAUCUUCAUAAGGAGGUUCCCAAAUCAAUUCUUCCGAAAGAGUACGGGGGUUCUGAUGGAUGUGUGAGUGAAUUAACAGAGUAUUGGAAGCAAAAAACUAUUGCAAGUCGUGAAUGGUUCAUAGAAGAUGAAAAAUAUAAAGCUGUUGUGGAGUAAGAUGAGAAGAGUUCUUGUAAUGUUACACUGUUUUGGUUGGCAAUAUGUCUUGUAAUAUUUAGCCAGUGAAAUAUUCCAAGUACUUUGGAAUAGCAGAAUCUGUAUGUAUUAAAUUACAUGUAGCCAAGUUCUCUUUCUAACUUACUGAGUAAUGUGCUUGUUAUUUUUGAACAAUUUCUAACUUUAAAAUAAUUAAGAAGAGUAUAUGCAUUUUAUACCAAAUGAAAUAAUUGUAACUUUUGUGUUUAUUAUUCUAGAAAUAAAGGAAGUUUUUAUUUAUUUGA